AUGACUUUUAUAUACGAAGGGCAGCAGGGGUCGCUGACUAUCGUCCGGCGGUCGAGCGGCAAGAAAGGCGAGUACGGACGGGAGGGUCCGGACGACGCAGCCCUCGAGGCGGUGGAUCUCGGGACCGAGAACCUCCCGGCUGUGGACACCCCGGAUGCCUGCGAUAAAGCCGCCCUUCGGUAUGCAACAUUAGUACACCAAUACUACUCAGAUAGUAUCCGAAUGGAUUUCCUUGCUAAUGACAUAGAGGUGGUUGCAAGUCCAACGGGUUGCUUAUCUCUUAUAGUGGUUGAAUCAUGA